AAGAGAAUAUUUCCUAGUCUUUUUUUGACUGUCGUUCGGUUUGGUAGAUUGUUGGUAGUUCCGUUCGCGGCUACCGGAAAAUUUCGAGUAGUACUUGGGGAAAUUUUUUAUCCUAGGUCUAUCAAAAACUAACAUUUGCGGAUUAUUCCAUACGGGACGAAGUGAAACGAAAUUGCAUUUGAAGAAAAAUAUAAGAAAAACGAAUUCUGCCACCGGAUAUCGCGUAGCUUAGCACUGAGUUGACUUGCCACAUAUAGUAUUUAAAUAUCAAGAGGAGACAACCAAUUUAGAAGAACGCUGACACAAUGUUUUCACGUCCAAUCUUGUGUGGAAAUCUAUCGAAAAUAUGCGCCGCAUCGCGUCCCGCAGCUGCCGCAGCAACGCCCAUAGGACAACAAAUAGCGCCGACCGACUCUAGAACAUUUCACGAUGUUGUCGGCGAUGUUGUCUGCCCCUCUGGUGUACGAGGUAUUGAUCAUUUGAGAGAUCCGCGUUUAAAUAAGGGUCUCGCAUUCACAUUGGAAGAACGUCAAACCUUGGGUAUUCAUGGCCUGCAACCUGCCCGUUUCAAGACCCAAGAAGAGCAGCUGGAGCUGUGUAAAAUCGCCGUGAGUCGUUAUACAGAGCCACUAAACAAAUAUCUGUACCUGGUCGACUUACAAGAUCGUAAUGAGCGCUUGUUCUAUCGUUUCCUGGCGGAGAACAUUGAACAUCUCAUGCCCAUUGUGUACACACCGACUGUGGGUUUGGCGUGCCAACGUUUCGGUUUGAUUUAUCGCAGACCACGUGGUCUUUUUGUCACCUUAAAUGAUCGUGGCUACGUUUAUGACGUGAUCAAAAAUUGGCCAGAGUCAGAUGUGCGUGCCAUUUGUGUAACAGAUGGUGAACGUAUUUUAGGUUUAGGCGAUUUGGGUGCCAACGGUAUGGGUAUUUGUGUCGGCAAGCUGGCUCUUUACACCGCUUUGGCUGGCAUUAAACCACAUCGCUGCUUGCCAAUUAUGCUGGACGUAGGCACAAAUAAUAUCGAUCUGCUGGAGGAUCCACUGUAUGUGGGCUUGAGACAGAAGCGUGUUGUUGGCAAAGAGUAUGACGACUUUGUGGAUGAAUUUAUGGAAGCUAUUGUCAAGCGCUAUGGCCAGAAUACCCUAAUUCAAUUUGAAGAUUUCGGCAAUCACAAUGCAUUUAGAUUUCUCGACAGAUACCGUGACACCUAUUGCACUUUCAAUGAUGAUAUUCAGGGUACCGCAUCUGUUGCUAUGGGCGGCAUUUAUGCAUCUACCCGCGUAACCGGUAAGGCUAUAACGGAUUAUACGUUCCUAUUCGCUGGUGCAGGUGAGGCAGCCGUCGGUAUCGCAGAUCUCGUCGUGAAAGCCAUGAUUGCAGAGGGUAUACCCAAAGAUGAAGCCAGAAAUAAGAUUUGGAUGGUUGACAUUGAUGGUCUUCUAACGACAACUCGCAAAGAGGGUUCCUUGUCGCCGCACCAGCAAAACUAUGCCAAAAAUAUUGAGCCAAUGAAGAACUUGCAAGAUAUUGUGGAGAAAGUGAAACCAAAUGUGCUCAUUGGUGCUUCAGCAGCUGCUGGCAUUUUUACGCCAGAAAUUCUGCGCAUCAUGGCUACAAAUAAUGAGCAUCCUGUUGUGUUCGCUCUCUCCAAUCCAACCCAUAAAGCUGAAUGUACAGCGGAUCAGGCAUACAAAAACACUGAUGGACGCGUUGUAUUCUCAUCCGGUUCACCAUUCCCACCUGUGGAAAUGAAUGGAAAAACUUUCUACCCUGGCCAAGGCAACAAUGCGUAUAUCUUUCCAGGUGUAGCAUUGGGUGUUAUUACCACUGGCACUCACCAUAUAUCCGACGAUAUGUUCCUCAUUGCUGCACGGGAAUUGGCAAACUUCGUUGACCAAAGCGAUUUGGAUCGCGGCUCGCUAUAUCCACCAUUGGAUGCCGUGCGUGAGGUGUCGAUGCGCAUUGCUGAAAACGUAACCAAGUGUGCUUAUGAUAAGGGCUUGGCUUCCACUUACCCCGAACCAGUUGAUAAACGCAAGUGGUUGGAGGAUCAACUAUACAAAUUUAACUAUCAGUCCUCGAUGCCAGUGACGUGGCCAUGGCCUAGAAUGCCAUAUGUGAGAACUCGCCCAUUGGAACCUACCAUUCUCUUCAGUGACUCAAAGUAAGCUGGAUUCUCCCGAAAAAUUGAAUGCUUUUCCCCCAAUUCGAUUGACAAGAAGCAUAAAAUAAAAGCAAAAAUGAAAGAAGAAACCGUUAAACCGUUAUAUGGCUGCCGUAAUUCACCCAUAAAAACUUCACAUUUGGAUGCUGCUCGCAAACGUGUUUAUAUGUAUAUUUGUGCAUUUUGUAAACGAACAUACAUAUUUACAUGCAUACACACAUACAUAUACAUACAUGCCCUCAUCUGCCCCCGUUGACAUCGUAGAGGCAUAAAACUGAUAAACCUUAACCACAAAAAAAGAAGUAAAUGAUGACAGCUAACACCGUUCGAAAAAUUUGUAUUAUUACAUAUGUAUAUACUUACAUGCAUAUGUUUAUAUGUUUACAAUUGUAUUGCAAUGUAUUGUUACAUAGAUCAUUGUUUAGAUUAAUUUAUAAUUACACAGCUUUACUACCUUGUAAUGCAGAUUUAGUUUAACUUAAUUUAAUUAAUAGACAACGCGAAAUAAAAAUAAAAAUUAAAAGAAAAAAGAAAGAAAAAGAGAAAAUUUAUCAUGUCAAUAUCAAAAUUAAGCACAUGAGCAAGAGUUGACGGAAUAAACUGAAAUUUAAAUUAUG